CAGCCCCCCGAACGACGACGACGAUGCCUACUAUGUACCUCACAUUACUUGCCGUCGCACUUGGUGCAGCGGCCUCCCCGCUUUCCACCAACCUGCACGACACCUCGAGUGUACGGUCGACGUUCAAGAUCGCUCCGCUCCUCGUCGAGGAGCACCCUCACGGGACCGUUAAUAACUCGUAUAUCGUCAUGCUCAAGCCGCAGACUGGUUCUGAAGUGCUACAGAACCACAUGAACUUCGUGCAGCUCGCGCACCAGGAAGCUCCGCUCGUUGGUGACGAGCUUGCCGAGGGUCUCCGUCAUGUCUACGACGGACACGUCAAGGGCUAUGCCGGAAUGUUUAAUGAGGCUGUCGUCGACCGGAUACGACAACUUCCGGAGGUGGAUUACGUGGAGAGGGACCAGAUUGUUCGUACUCUCGAGGUUGAGUCUGUGUUGGACUCUAGUAUGAAGACUCAGAACAACGCUCCUUGGGGCCUAGCUCGCGUGAGUUAUCGCAAGAGGCUAUCGCUCGGCACUUUCACCAAGUAUGUCCACGAUCCUGCGGGUGGCGAAGGCGUCGAUGUAUACGUCAUCGACACCGGCAUCAACAUCAAGCACGAGGAUCUUGAAGGCCGCGCUUCUUGGGGCAAGACCCUUCCUCAAAACGAUGUUGACGAGGACAAGAACGGCCAUGGUACGCACUGCGCCGGCACUAUCGCCUCUAAGACCUACGGUAUCGCGAAGGCCGCCCGUGUCAUUGCUGUCAAAGUUCUUGGCUCCAAUGGCAGCGGCACUAUGUCCGAUGUCGUUGCGGGUGUCAUGUUCGCUUCGGAAUCAGCUACGGCCAAGGCGAAGCAGGCCAAGGCAGAGUUUGCCGCUACCGGAAAGACCUCGCACAAAGGUUCCGUCGCCAACAUGUCUCUCGGUGGAGGUCAAUCCCGCGCUCUCAACGACGCUGUCAACAGCGCUGUUGAUGAGGGUCUCAACUUCGCUGUCGCUGCUGGCAACGACGACCGCGAUGCCUGCAACUACUCUCCGGCUGCCGCUGAGAGCGCUGUUACUGUCGGUGCUUCCACUAUCACUGAUGAGCGCGCCUACUUUUCCAACCACGGCAAAUGCGUCGACGUGUUCGCUCCUGGUCUUUCAAUCAAGUCCACCUAUAUUGGCAGCACCACCGCGACCACCACUAUGUCUGGUACCUCCAUGGCGUCGCCUCACACCGCUGGUUUGAUGGCGUACCUGCUCUCUAUCUAUCCAUCGAAGGGGUUCAAUCCCGAGGUUAGCCCCGACCUCGUUCCUCCGGCUCUGUCGCUCUUCGCACCAUCAUCGUUCACGAACGUGUAUGCGAUGGCUCAUGCCGCGCUCCCGAGCUGGAUGGUGACCUUCCUGCCGCCGCCCAGCCUUAUUGAGGAGGUUGCACCGGUUCCCAAGGAGCCCCCGACCCUCACCCCCAAGCAACUCAAGAAGGCUCUCCUCAACCUUGCUACCCCCAACGUGUUCGCCGUCCUCCCCAAGGACACUGUCAACCUGUUGAUUUUCAACAACGCGACAUCGUAAUGAAUGGGCGGAGCAUUUUUGGCGUUAUAUUCUGCCAUCGUCGGCGUCCGCUUCGGUUGCGCUCUUUUGCUUGAGAUGUUAUCGUUGCUUCGUAUACAUCUUCAUGUACUCCUAAUAUCCGUUGGAUAUCGUCUGCUAUCCCGCACUGCAAUCUUUACAACCAUUUUACUAGUG